GGUACUACUGUCUUCCUUGUCAGCUACAUAACAAACAAUUGUCAUAACAAUCAUUUCCAUUUGAGUUAAAACUGUAUUAAUUGUUACGUUAGAGCUGGUUCAAAUUUUUACUUACCACAGAGCACUACCUUGCUGAAAAAAUGAAUGCACCACCGACCUUCGAAUCGUUUCUGUUGUAUGACGGAGAGAAGAAGAUAAUCAAAGAACAAGACUCGAAGGUACCAAACGCCGCUAUUUUCACAGUCAAUAAAGAAGAUCACACCCUGGGAAACAUGAUUCGCAACCAGCUGUUGAAAGAUCCACAAGUUCUGUUCGCUGGAUACAAACUGCCUCACCCAUUGGAGCAUAAAUUCGUAAUUCGUAUACAAACAACGUCUGAUUAUACCCCACAUGAAGCAUUCAUGCAUGCCAUAACUGAUCUCAUUGCAGAACUUUCAUUAUUCGAAGAACGAUUCAAGGAAGCAAUAAAAGAAAAGAAAGAUGGCUUGGAUUGAGCGCCCAAAUAGGGCUCUUCCCGUCUGUCUGAAAUAAUAAUAACACCGUGUCAAUUAUAUUCUGUUAAAAACUCUAAUAGACAAUCAAUAAAUAACGAAAUGAAAAAAAACUCUUCAAUUUUGCUGUUCACAAAUUGGAAAGUAACUCUACAAAUCCGUAGUCUGUUUUGAGUAAUCACACUUAUAAUGAGUGAAGCUAAGACCCUGUGUACAGCUCAAGCAGAUUUCUUUAUACAGUCCAGAAUGACAUUUGCAUUCAGAGUAUGCUAAGACAUAUAAUGUUAACAGAAAUGGAAUAAUUUAUAAGAUAGCAUAAUUUCAUCAAUAAUGUAUAUGUGUACAUAAAUACAACUAAAAUUAUUAAAUAUUUCCUUUUUGAAUUUUCAAAA